AUGGCAUGGAAAGACGGGGAUCGGGAGAUCUACCUGGAUAAAGACUGCCUCAUCAGCUUCCAGGACAAGUUCUUCACGAUCGACGAAAUGUCUGUCAUCCUCCAUGCGGUCAACAAGACGCGACCUCGGUACCCGUUCACAAUCCUCGGCUAUGAUGGCAAGAGGUACGAGUUCGCUGACCGGGAGGUCAGUUUGUUUACUGCAAAGUUUGCUGACUUCUUCACGCAGCAGCUGCCUUUAUCCGUUCCUCGCAAGCAGCGUGAUGCAAGGAUUGAGCUCCCCACGAUCGAGAUGACAGGACCAAUCAACAUCCCUGAAGGUCUUGCCGGUCUUGGAGAAAGACAGCUCCUCGCGUUGAUCGAGACUCAAGGUUCUGGACCUAUCGGAGGGAUCCGACAAACGUCGAGCGACGCCUCCACCAAGCUGAGCAUCAGGCGCGUGCAUCUGCACCGCCCGCCAGGCGUCCUGCUUGCGCGACCUCCUCCACCACCUCCUGUACACAAUCCCACCGACUACAUCUCAGCCGAAGAAUGGGAUGCUCUCAGAGCUGGUGUGUAUGGCAACUUCGGACGUGAGCGCACACGUAGCCGCACACGUGAUGAUGCCACAGAUGCAGCAGGACCGGCGGGAGGGAUCCCAGCUCCAGCAACCCCACCUGGAGGUGCUGACUAUCACGGACAGCAGUUCAUGGGCCUUCAGAAUGUGCCAAGGUCCGCGGAGGGCGUCUCAAUCUGCCGUAGCCUUCAAGUUCACGACAAGUUGCUUGAGGUCCUUGACGAUCACAUGGCAAACCAUGAUCCGGAGUUUCGCUACACGUUCCCCUAUGACAUGUCGGGACGCUUGUAUGAACCUGGUCAGCCUCGUCCGGACCACUACACUUGCGCAGAGGCCUACAUUUGGGCCGUGUUGAGCGCCAGGGACAAUACCCGUGUUCCGCUCGACCGUGUCAUUACUUGCGUGCCUGAUGCUGAGGAUCCAAGCCGCUUCUGGCCGGUGCCUACCGUGGAACAGGUCCACUGGUACCUUCGGGGCUGGUCGCAGCACUAUGUGAUUGAUGGCCAACGCAGGCAGGCAUACUGA